AUUGCAGCAGUUUAGUGUCUGGUGAUUCAGCAUGGCUGUACUGUGUCCUGUUUCAUUCCAAUGCCGUGGUCACUAGAUGCCCUAAAAUAGCUCUGCUCUUCCUGUUUCUGCUCCACAGCAGACCGACUCCAUACUGAGCUGUUUGUGCCUAAUGGAAAGAAGCCUUCAAAACAAAGAGGCCUGCUUUGAGAGACAGACCGCGGGGCUGAAGUGAUCUACUAGCCAGAGACUGAAUAAGGUGACCUGAGCUCAGAGCAAUAGCAGGGCUUCACAUUUGUUAGCUUUGGCCAAUGAAUCAUUUUCAGUUUUUCAAGUGUUGUCAAAUAUAUGGUCAAAAUCUAGUGCAACUGUGCUCUGCAGUGGAUCAAGAGGUAUGGAUGCACUCUUGCAGGCUGUAUCAACAUUGUUACUCUGUCUAGGCUCAUGGGUAAAGUACAGCAUAGCCUAUAUUCAGAAGAGUUUAGGGUUUGAGGGUGGUUUAGCCUGGGUUAAGUGGACUUUGGCCUGGUUUGGAGUGUGGGGUCCCUCUAAUGUUGAUCCAAUGAGACGUGAGAUCAAUGGCAGCCAAUCAGAGGCAUGGAGAACCGACCAGGAGUCCAGGACGUAUCGUAACCAUGGUAAUGGACCAAUGGUUGCUGUGCAGACCAGCACGCACAUUUUCUAUGUUGACCUAGAAAGGCUAGCAGACUGUAGUGAGUAUUUCAGGGCUUUGUCUCACUCCUGCAUGAAAGAAACAGAAGAGCAUCUAGUGAACCUGGCCCACGUGCCCUCCAGGGCGUUCCACAGCCUCCUGCAGUUCUGCUUUCUGAAUAGAUUCAUUGUACCAGAGAACCAAAUUGAGGAGCACUUGCGGGUGAGCACCUAUCUGUUGGUCCCAGGCUUUACUAGUCGCUUGCUGAGGGCCCUCUUAGAGACCCUCACGGAGCACUCUUGCCUGGCUUAUCUGCAGUUGGCUGAGGAGCUGUGCAGUGUUGAACUCCAGGAGACUGUGCUGACCUACCUGAGCAAGAACCUUCUGGAGCUUCCUAGCCUGAGCAGAAACAUGGAACUGCACCUACAGCAGGAGCUUCUGCAGAUGCGGUCACGGAGCACCCCACGGCUGUGCUGCCUGAGGAAAGAGAACCUGAUCUCACGAGACAACCAGGAAACGAACACUGCGAGGAGGCUUUUCAGACUGGAAGAGGAGGAUGGGACAUGGAGUUCUAUUACAGAGCUGCCCUUCAGUGCAGAUAAGUGGUGCUUCACCACAGCUGUCCUCUUUAACUAUCUUUACCUCAUUGGGGGCUUUCGGCACCGCACAAAGAGGGGGUAUGAGUUUAAGAUGGCAUCCUUUCGUUAUAAUCCCUUGACAGAUCAAUGGGUGCCAACAGCUCCUCUCAUAAAGCACAGACGUCACUUCAGUGCAGCAGUGUGUGAAGGCCAUAUCUACGCUGUGGGGGGUUGGUAUCUGGACUCCCUAGUGACCCCGGACUCCACCACAGGAGUGUAUACAGCUGUGGAGAGAUAUGACCCCUGGGCAGACUGCUGGGCUUUCGUCUCUUCUCUUCCCCUAACAGACUUCCAGUUCACUCUUUCCCUCUCUCACGACUCCCCCUGACCACCAGCCUUGGAACCUGUCUCUAUGUGCUAGGGAACAUCCAGAGAACUGGGGAGAAACUGGUGCUACGUUAUGAUACAACCCAAGAUUGCUGGAGUGAGUUAUACCCCACCCUCACCCGUGCCAGUGCUGAUAUCCCCAUCCUCCACUUCCUGGGAUCCACUGACAGGUUGAUCGUGAUCGGUGGAAACAAUUUUGAAACUGUGGUGACGUCCUUUUGCGUGGACACUCAGAAGUGGGGUCAGAUCAGAAGCAUGGAGAAGACGGCUUUGAUCGGUCAAGGCACAGUGUUCAACAAUGAGGUUUACAUGUCAGGAAAUCAGGAGGACAUUAUUUUUCGGCUGAACGUUCACUCUCUGUCUCUCUCUCUGCUCCCCCCACUCCCCAUCUCCACCUGCUAUGAGAGCUUUUUUCACCUCUGCUUCUGAAACAUGUACUAUAUUCAUUGUCAGCACCUUACAGGGACAGAAUAAAGGCGCAUACAGGCAGUGUUGGACAGUAACUAAGUAAAUGUAAUUCGUUACUGUACUUAAGUAAUUUUUUCAUGUAU